UCACUGUGAAGAGUGAAGAUGAUGAAGAGGAAGCUCAGUGCUCACAGCUUCAUCAGAGCCAAACUGAGGAGAACAGAGAGGCAGAGCCUCCAGCCAGCAGCUCCACUGAACAGAUGAAAACAGAAGCUGAUGGAGAGGAACCAGCCAGGAACUCAGAUCCAGCUGCUGAUUUCCAAGCAACUAGUGAGGGCCAGCUCCUCUCUUCACACUCUUCUGAAGCUGAGACUGAUGACAGUGAUGACUGGGAGGAGAGCAGAGAGCCUCAGUCAGGUUCAAACCCACAGAGUGAACUCCUUUUCAGUGAUGAUGGAUCUGAUGAUGCAGAGAAACCAUCUUCCUGCUCUGUGAGCAAGAACACAGGAGAGAAACUGUGGAGCUGCUCUCUAUGUGGUCAAAGCUUUACACGAAAAGAAACUUUAACCAGACAUGUGAAGAUGCACAAGGGAGAGAAACCAUUCAGCUGCUCAGUCUGUGGUAAAAGUUUUGCACAUAAACAACACUUCAACACACACAUGAGAGUUCAUACCGGAGAGAAACCAUUUCACUGCUCUGUCUGCGGUAAAGGUUUUGCAAAUAACAAUAGCUGCAAAAGACACACAAGAAUUCACACCGGAGAGAAACCAUUCAACUGCUCACUCUGUGGUAAAGGUUUCACGCUGAAACAAACCUUCAUUGUACACACAAGAAUUCAUACAGGAGAGAAACCAGUUAGCUGCUCUGUCUGCGGUAAAGCUUUUACACAUAUUAGUAACUGCAAAAAACACAUGACAAUCCACACCGCAGAGAAACCAUUCAGCUGCUCUGUCUGUGGUAAAGGUUUUACACAGAAACGAAACUUCAACACACACAUGAGAAUGCACACCGGAGAGAAACCUUUCAGCUGCUCUGUCUGCGGUAAAGGAUUUGCAAAUCAAAAUUGCUGCAGAAAACAUAUGAGAAUCCACACAGGAGAGAAAGUAUUUAACUGCUCUGUCUGUGGUAAAAGUUUUAUAGAUCAAAAUUACUGCAGAAAACAUAUGAGAAUCCACACAGUAGAGAAACAAUUCAUCUGCACUGUCUGUGGUAAAGGUUUUACAGAGAAUUAUCAACACAAAAUACACAUGAGAAUUCACACAGGAGAGAAACCAUUCAGCUGCUCUGUCUGCAGUAAAAGAUUUACAGAUAAAAAUAACCACAAAAGACACAUGAGAGUCCACACAGGAGAGAAACCAUUCAACUGCUCCAUCUGUGGUAAAGGUUAUACCACAGAGCAAAAUGUCAGAAAACACGAGCGAGUGUGUGUGAGAGCAGCAGGUGAAGCUGCAGAGCUGCAGGUUGAACAUCUGAACACUGCUCACACAGACUAAUGUAGUCAGCACUGCUGCACAAAACAGUUUUAUGUUCCACGAUCUGAGGGACAAUGAGCAACAACGCCAUAUUAACUAAAAGCAAUAGUGUUAAUGAUUACAGCAACAAUAAGAAAUCUGUUUACUUCUCAUGCAGCCCAUCAGCUGACACUACUGUGACAUUUUCUCCCCCUCAGCAGAGAAUGAUGUGCCCAGGAGAUAUAUGCUCAAUUUGUAUGUCUGUAUUUAUUGUUGUAAUAUCUUUGUGGGAUUAAUGUGCUUAUUCAUACAUAAUGCGCUUUUUAAAAUUUCUCAUGUAGCCUAUAUGUUUUUACAUUUGUUUUCUGUUCUUAUAAUUUCACUUCUGCUUAAAAUGUAUUCUUUCAAGAAUUUGAGCAGCUGCAACUGACCCAGUUUCCCCGGGGAUCAGUAAAGUGUGUCUGAUUCUGGUUCACUGAGUCUCUAACACUGACUAGUGAGUGCUGUGUGCUAAAUGCCUCUUGUUGAAUGGACCUUGUGCUGCUGGAUUUGUUUAACUCUGCUUUGAGAUGCUUUGGUGAUAUUUUUACCAUGACCUUCAGAGAGACAGAGGGGUGGAGCUCGUCGUGUCUCCACACGGCUCCUGUCGGCUAAUUUGACCACAGAAGGAAAUUGAGGAGGAGGAGUUGCCGUCAGUCUGUGAAAAUGUCUGGGAUGUUUGACAGGACCAGAGCAGCGUCUGAGGAGGAAAGAUCCCUGUGCCGAAAUUGCAGGUUCAUGUUUACAUUCCAUUAGGCCACAUUCUGGUGUUAAUAAAUGUGAUAAAUGUGUUAAUACAUGCUUCCGGCAACAGUGUUUUAAAGUGUGUGGCAAUUUUCAAUCGUCUUUACAACAUAACGAAUGACACAGACUGCACUCAACUUUUCAGUGGC